UCUAGAAUCUAGGGUUUAAAGAGACGAUAGCGGAAGAAAUCAAGCUAGGAAUCGAUCGAUCGAUCCACACAAUGCGGUUGAGGUGAAGGCGUGGAUCGUCUCGAUCGCCCCCUCCAUCGAACUGGAACAACCCUAGAAUAUUUCAGCUAUGGAUGCCGAGCUCCGGGAGCUGGAGCGCCUGUUCGAGGCGGCGCAGCAGGCCAAGCCGACCGCGCGGCUCUCAGAGCGCAGCGUUGUGGAGCUCGUCGUCAAGCUCCAGCAGCUGGGAAUCCUCGAUGCCGAUCUCUUGCACACCGUCUCCGGCAAGGAGUACAUCACUCAGGAUCGCUUGCGGCAGGAGAUGGAGGCCGAGAUCAAUCGCCUGGGCCGUGUCUCGCUCGUGGAUUUGGCGUCCUUGGUCGGCGUCGAUCUCUUCCAUUGCGAGCGCCAGGCCGACCAGAUCGUGAGCAGCUCGCCGGAGCUCAUGCUCGUGCAAGGCGAGGUGGUCUCGACCAAGUACUGGGAUAAUCUGGCGGAGGAGGUGAACGAGACUUUGCAAGAGGCCAGCCAAGUCUCUCUCGGAGAGCUUGCAAGACGGUAUGGUGUUGGAGCGGAGCUCUUGACUGGGAUGCUCUCGUCCCGGAUAGGUACCAUUAUUCACGCGAAGUUGGAAGGAGGCCAACUCUAUACUCCAGCAUACGUUGCUCGAGUGAAAGCCACGGUUCGCGGAGCUUUGAGAGCCAUCACAGUGCCUACGUCCUUGCAAAGUGUGUGGAACCUUUUGCAAGGUUUGCUUCGAGAUAGAGACGAUGGUGGUAAUGUCACUGGAGAGCACAGCUUGUUUCAUAUGGUGUUGAACGAGCUUGUCGCGGAGGAAGCGGUGAAAGGUACUCUUCGUGGAUCAGUCUGGACACCAGCGGUGUUCGCUCACUCGCAACGUGAAAGUGUUGAAGCAUUCUAUUCUCAGAACUCCUACAUUACUUAUGAUGCUCUUCAGAAGCUUAACAUCUCUCAGCCCAGGCAAUACUUGCAGACUAAAUAUCCAGAAGGCAUCGCUUUGGACAAUGUAUUUGUUCACAAUUCCUUCAUAAGUUUGCUGGAUUCAGCUGCGGAAGAGUCAGUCAAAGGGGGAGGAUGGUUGGAUGCCCUUGACGUCCUUCCAUCAACUUUUGGAUGCUCAGAUUCUGGAAAGCUGCUACUUUUGUGCCCAUUCGUACAACGAGCGUUGAAGGAUUCAACAGCGACCCUUGUGGCCGAAACAUGCAUCGUCGGUACAGGCUUUGUAAAGGCACUGCUGGAAAAGUUUCAAAAUAUGUUACGAGAGAUUCAAGACAAAACAUUUUCGACGCUUGAAGUGAAACUCGAAGCGGAACCUGAGCCUGAGCUGGACGAGAAUGAAACAAAGCCGUUUGCUUCAAGAUCGAAGAAGAACGACAAGAAGCAAAAGGAUAAUAGUAUCCGAAAAGAAGAAGAAAACGAAGAAAAGUCGGGGAAAAGUAAGAAGAAGACAGCAAGACACAAGUCAAGCAAGACACCAUCUGUUAAAGAAGCAGUGCCUUCAAAGGCGAGAAAGGGCUCUCCUGCGGACGAGAUGGAUCUUUUGGCUGAAGAGAAGCUAUCAAAGAAAAUCAUCGAAUGGUAUCCAGACCUUGAGGCUGAUGGAACAGAGGAUGGCGAUACAGGUGUUCUUGCAAAAUGUUUGGCUGAUCAACUGCGACCACAGUUGAUCUCAUACAUGACGUCCCUCAAGCGUGCUUAUCUUGGAGCGAACACAGAGGAGAGGAGAAAACGGAUAGAUGCACUGCAGCGCAAAAUUGAUGAGGAUUAUGCUAAUCUGCAGCUGUUCUCAAAGGCAAUAGAGCUGUUUGAAGAUGACAAGGGAAUGGAAGCUGUCUUGCACAAGCAUCUGUUGCGUUCAACUGCUUCCGAAAUAGCGGAUGUUUUCCUAGAAACACAGGCUUUGGAACAUAGGAUAGAAAAUGCCGAAAGUGCUGGAGCUCAACCUUGCAAGCCAUUUUCGAUGGCAGUGAGGAUGUCCCUGGCCAAAAAUCUACCUGAACCUCUCUCCUCUGCAGCAACUGAGAUGGUGGCGUCUCUGGAAGGAAAGAACAUUGGAGCAUUUGAUUCUGCUCUUGAAGCGAGCGUCACGGAAAGUGGGCUACGUGUGAGAAAGCUUGACAAGAAGGGAGAACGAUCAUUGUUCUUUGCAUAUCGAAAGAGCCUCUCAGAACAAGUGAACCAAGAACAAGAUCCCAUCGCUCUCCUGCCAAAAGUGGUCGCUUUGCUAUACGUCCAGGUCCACGGCCGCGCCCUCCAAGCUCCCGGUCGAGCAAUGUCGUCGGCGGUGUCUCGACUAAAGAGCGCAAUCCCUGACAAGGCAUUUAGUACACUGGAUCAGUAUCUUUCGGAAACAGUCUCGUUGCUAUCCAGCAGCGCCACUGAUGAUUCCAAAAAGGCUCGUCUCGCGGAGCGCAUGGAUGAGCUGAGAGCAUUAACUCGCACCACCAAAGACACCAAAGAUAAGAUAUAAAUGGCGACGCUACAAAGCCUGAUUUACGAGUUUUCCUUCGAUCUUAAAGAAGCGCAGGCUCACAGAGAGAAGAGGAAGGAAUCUAUGUCCAGUUUUUUUAUCGCGUCUCCCAGAAAAACGAGCGAUCAAAUGCGAUCGACCGCGCUCUCGUUUUUUUCCUCCGAGCCAAGCAAGCGCCAGACCAGGAAGCUCCUCUUUGACGAAUUUAAUUCUCACUUGCGAGCUGGGCUGGGAAAAAAAGAAGAAAACAUCCUUGUCUCCAACCGCAUUAAAUGUACCAGCAAAUGAGAGAUUCCGGGA